AUGCCAGGCCUUAGUAGGGACGUCAUCACCCAUCGGCUCGCCAUCGACCCCACAAUCAAGCCAGUGCAACAACACAAGAGAUACCUCUCCGCGAAGAGGAGGGAGUUCGUGAGAAAGGAGGUCAACACCCUUCUCGAGAUCGGACACAUACGGGAGGUCCUAUACCCCAGGUGGCUGGCCAAUGUAGUCCUCGCCCCAAAACCACCCACAUGGAGAAUGUGCGUGGACUACACCGACCUCAACAAGGCCUGCCCCAUGGACCCUUUCCCACUACCAAAUAUUAAUCAGUUAGUAGACGGGACGGCAGGUUGCGCCCUCAUGAGCUUCUUGGACGCCUUUCGGGGGUACCACCAGAUUUUUAUGCAGGAGGACGACGAGGAGAAGACGGCCUUCACGACCCACGAAGGGGUUUUCUACUAUCGAGUCAUGGCCUUCGGGCUCAAGAAAUCGGGGGCUACCUAUACGCGGAUGGUGGCCAAGGUCUUCAAACAGGUCUUGGGCCGCAACAUGAAGGCCUACGUGGAUGAUAUGAUAGUAAAAAGCAGGAAGGCAGAGGGCCACGUCGACGACCUCGUCGAGGUAUUUUACAUUAUGUAG